ACGUUGUAGACCGUCUGCUUGACGAGAUUUAAGGAAACGCUUCUUUCCUCAAUUCCAAAUCCUAUAUAUCUUGAACGAGGACGAUGGCCAUAAUAACGGACCUGCCAACCGAGCUAUUCCAAAGAAUAAUCGAUCACUUAGUCCUUCCUCAUCAUGCCAACCUCGAAAUCGAAAAGUUUGACCUCGAGCACGACGGGAAUAAAGACAUCCGGCAGAAGGCAAGGUCUCAUCUGGAAUACAAAGAUACCUCUCAGGGCUUUCGCAGGCACGGUAUGCAGCCGCAAGUUUCAUGGCCAGAUGGAAAAGCUCUUCACGAACGUGGCUUUAGUUGAUCAAUGGCAGGCGUACUUGUUCCACCGAACGCUCACCAGUCCAUCCCUAUUGAAUGGCUCUGAUGAUACGGAAGGCCUAAUUGAUAGACAAGAUGAAGACGAGUUUGGUGAGAACACCUCAACAACUGCUCAAUCAUUUGCCGUCUAUCCUGCUCGUCUGAGUAGACUGGCUCGUCACGUUCGCGCGUUACAGUUCAGGUGGACCGGCCACUGCUCGAUGGGAAAGGGCGGGGGUUCGCUAAUCUGUGAGAUUCUCCAGAGCUGUCCGCUGCUCGAAAGUAUCAUCAUCGGCACCUCCUUCUUGACGCGCUGCAAGGAGCACAUCCUACAAGCCCUGGCAAGUCGUCGGCUCAUCAAAGAGUUUGUCGUCCUCGAGAACCCCAACACAGGAUGUCUAACGUUUCAAUGGCAAGCCCACGAAGUGGUCGGUCGACUGUUCUCGCGAUGGGAUUUCCUCGAAACCGUUGAGUUCAUCAGGCUCCCCGGUUGGCCGUACAAGGAGGUCGAGACGAUUUACAGGUCAAUACCCACCCUGAAUUGCGCGUUGCGGACGAUCGUGUUGAACGAUCCCUCUUUGAACGAAAAGGAGCUCUCGAUGAUUUUGAAGAGCUCUUGGCAGAGCCUGCGGACGCUCCAGAUCAGUUGUCCGACCUCGCUACUCGGCCGGCCUGGCUUAUGCCGAAUCCUGAAGGAAUACACUAGCCCUGACUUGGAAUCUCUAACACUCGAGGUGGGCCGAUGUUGGCAUCCAAUCCCCUCUUCGACCAGGCUCGAAAGCGGGAUCGAUUCAGAAAUCAACCCUGGCCUGUUAGAUUUCGUCUUCAAAUCUUCUUCCUCGUUGAGGAAAAUCAAAGUGCUAUCUAUCACCGGUCCGUUGGCCGGCCCCGAAUUCUUUUCACUCUUGCCUCAAUCCAUCGUCAAGCUUACUUGGAAUCGCUGUGACCUCUCGCCCCUUACGUUUGCUGAUGCACUCUCAAGCUGGAGACUGAGCGAGAACCAAUGGAGUCCUCCAGAGAUGCCUUAUUACCCACCAGAUUAUUCGUUUGGUGUUGAUGAACGAGUCCAAUGGUUACCUAACCUCAAGUGUUGUUCAGUCGGGGAUACUAUCACAUGUCGGUUUUCAUUUCUCUUCAACUGUUGA